GAGCUUCCCGGCCUUGGGCGCGUUGCUGCGCCUCCGGAACCGGGGAAGAGGCUGCUGAGGCGAUUCUGAGGGGACGGAGCGGCGGCGCUGAGAGGAGAGAAUGGCGACGAUGGCGGAGGGCUUGGAAUACCAGCGGAUCCAGUUAGCGGCUUCCGACUGGCUACUGUGGGACAAGAAUUCCAAAACCAGAGACAAUGUAAAGUAUCUGCUUGCAAAUCACAGUACAGAAGAACUCAGAAAAUGUUUUGCUUCACGGAUGGAAUUUGGGACUGCCGGCCUCCGAGCACCUAUGGGAACAGGAACAUCUCGGAUGAAUGAUUUGACUAUUAUUCAAACUACUCAGGGAUUCUGUAGGUACCUCGAAAAGAGCUUCAGUGACCUGAAGAAAAGAGGCGUUGUGAUUGGCUACGACGCUCGCGCUCAUCCUCCAAGUGGGGGUAGCAGCAAAAGAUUUGCAAGGCUUGCUGCGACAGCAUUUAUCAGUCAAGGCAUUCCUGUGUACCUUUUCUCCAACAUCACACCGACUCCUUUUGUGCCUUAUGCAGUGACUCACCUGAAACUUUCUGCUGGAAUUAUGGUUACCGCAUCUCAUAAUCCAAAAGAAGACAAUGGAUACAAGGUUUAUUGGGAAAACGGCGCUCAGAUAAUUUCACCUCACGAUAAAGGAAUUGCUCAAGCUAUUGAAGAAAACCUAGAGCCAUGGCCUCAAGCUUGGGAUGACAGCCUGAUUGAUAAAAGCCCCCUACUCCACGAUCCUUACGCAUCUAUUAACAAGGACUACUUUAAGGACAUACAGAAGCACUGCUUUCACAGGAAUAUAAACAAGGAGACAAAGCUGAAAUUUGUCCACACUUCUGUGCACGGUGUAGGCCAUGAGUUUGUGCAGUCAGCCUUUAAGGCAUUUGACUUUAGCCCUCCAUUUGCUGUUCCUGAACAGAAGGAGCCUGAUCCAGAAUUUCCAACAGUAAAAUAUCCAAAUCCUGAGGAGGGUAAAGGCGUACUGACACUGUCUUUUGCCUUGGCUGAAAAAGAAGGAGCUCGGAUUAUUUUAGCCAAUGACCCAGAUGCAGAUCGACUGGCUGUUGCAGAGAAACAAGAAAGUGGAGAAUGGAAGGUGUUUUCUGGCAAUGAAUCAGGAGCUCUUUUGGGCUGGUGGAUCUUCACUUGCUGGAAAAAGCAGAAACAGGAACCUGCUGCCAUCAAAGAUGUAUACAUGCUUUCGAGCACGGUGUCCUCCAAAAUCUUAAGAGCGAUCGCACUCAAGGAAGGAUUUCACUUUGAAGAAACAUUAACAGGAUUCAAGUGGAUGGGAAACAGAGCCAAGCAGCUCAUGGACCAAGGAAAAACAGUCUUAUUUGCCUUUGAAGAAGCGAUUGGAUAUAUGUGCAGCCCUGUGGUCUUGGAUAAAGACGGUGUCAGUGCUGCAGUCAUAACUGCGGAGAUGGCUGCUUUUCUGGAAACCAAGAAAUUGACUUUGGCUCAGCAACUGAAAAACAUUUACAAUGAGUACGGCUACCAUGUUACUAAAGCUUCCUAUUUUAUCUGUCACGAUCAGAAGAUUAUUAAGGAGCUAUUUGAGAAGCUUAGAAAUUAUGAUGGGAAGAACACUUAUCCAAAAACCUGUGGGAGAUUUGCAGUGUCUGGAGUACGGGAUCUAACUACUGGCUAUGACAGUAAUGAGACUGAUAAAAAAGCUGUGCUUCCCACCAGUAAAAGCAGUCAAAUGAUAACAUUUACGUUUACUAAUGGAUGUGUGGCUACCAUGCGAACCAGUGGGACCGAGCCCAAAAUCAAAUACUACUCAGAGCUUUGUGCACCUCCUGGAAACAGUGACUUUGAAAAGCUGAAGAAAGAACUGGAUGAACUGGUCAGUGCAAUUGAAAAAUAUUUCUUUGAGCCAGAGAAGAAUAAGCUGCAGCCCAAGCCAGAGUGAUACAGCUGUCCCUGUUUUCAUCUCUACACAAACAAUACUUUCUACAGUUAAUUGGAUAAUAUGUGUAAAGCACUUGUUUCCAUGAAUUAAGGGUGCACAAACGUGACUCUAAUUUCACUAUUUUGAAAAGUAUGUUUGCAUGUUUCAUCUGUCAUGCAUGCUCAUAUUUUGAGGGGAAAUAUGUCUUCCCUUGGCAAAUUCUCCUUCAACCAAUUUCCUGAUGAAAUUGCAUUUGGUUUUA